UUGCGUGGUGGCGGCAAGAAGAGAAAGAAGAAGGUGUACACCACGCCCAAGAAGACAAAGCACAAGCGAAAGAAGGUGAAGUUGGCCGUGCUCAAAUAUUACAAGGUUGAUGAAAAUGGUAAGAUUUCUCGUCUGCGCAAAGAGUGCUCAUCGCCGACCUGUGGUGGAGGUGUUUUCAUGGCCAGUCAUCAGAAUCGAUAUUACUGUGGCAAGUGUUAUCAGACAUUGGUGAUGCAGGAUCCGAAGGAAAAAAUCGCGGGAAAGAGCAAAUGA